AUGGAAGAUAACGAUGGACGAUUGAAAACUGAGACAAUGAGUGCUUUAGAAAGGAUCAUUUCAUUGAGUCGGGCCGCAUGGCUCAAUCGUAGGGCUAUGAUUAAUAGCCCAAAAGUAAAUCGAUUCGGAUGGGUCUCGCGGUGGUUUCAAGUGCUCGUGAUUAUUGGGUUUGUUUUUUCAUUCUUUGGAGCCAUUGGCGGUGGAUACAUUCACGUCCUUCCUAGCCUUAGCCGACCGUUUUUUCAAAGGCAAGGUCUCUUUAAUCAUGAAGAAUCACAAGGAGAUUGUGACGUUUCGAAUGGAAGCUGGGUUCGGGUCCAUUUUCGGGGUUACCCCUGGUACAAUGCGUCAGAAUGUCCUUUCGUAGAACAAGGAUUCAAUUGCUUAGCUAAUGGACGGAGCGACGAUGAUUAUCUUCAUUGGAGGUGGAAACCAAAGAAUUGUGAUGUUCCAUUGUUUGACGUCCGUAGUAUUUUGGAGAUGUUUCGAAGCAAAAGAAUUGUUUUUGUCGGCGAUUCAAUGAGUAGAACACAGUGGGAAUCACUGAUUUGCAUGUUGAUGGCUGGGGUGGACGACAAAAACAGCGUUUAUGAAGUUAAUCAAAAUAAGAUAACAAAGCGUAUUAGAUUUUUAGGAGUUCGGUUCAGUUCCUUCAAUUUCACCGUUGAAUUCUUUCGCUCAGUUUUCUUGGUGCAACAAGGUCCUGGGCCUGAUGAUGCAACGGGGAUGGUCAAAUCAACACUAAAAUUGGACACGAUAGAUGAUAUCAGUGAUCAGUGGAUAGAUUCAGAUGUUCUGAUAUUCAACACCGGGCAUUGGUGGCUGCCGUCUAAGCUCUUUGAGACGGGUUGUUAUUUCCAGGUUGGAAGCUCACUGAAACUUGGAAUGUCAAUUCCUGCGGCCUUCAGACUGGCUCUUGACACUUGGUCAUCAUGGAUUGAUAGAAAUAUCAACAAAAGCAGAACACGUGUCUUCUUUAGGACUUUUGAGCCAUCUCACUGGAGUGAUGAAACCCGUAGGACUUGCAGUGUGUCCCAAUACCCCACUUUUGAAACUGAUGGAAAGGACAAGAACUUGUUUUCCAACAUAGUUCUGGAAGUGGUUAAGAAUGUCACAGUUCCCAUAAAUGUUCUCCAUGUCACUUUUAUGUUGGCUUUCCGGAGUGAUGCACAUGUUGGUAACUGGAGUGACAACCCAUUGUUCCCUGAUUGUAGCCACUGGUGCCUACCUGGAGUACCUGAUGUGUGGAAUGAAAUUGUCCUCUCCCAGCUAUUUACUCAUAAUAUUAAUCAGCAAUCUGAACUAGACGAUUUGUAG